GAGGCAUGCUAUUAUUAUGAAAUGUCAAACCGGAUAUUACAUCUUUCCGGAGAGGUGGGCUCUGCACCGGAAGUACUCGUGCGAUUUGGUGACGGUGCAUUAGACUGCCAGACAUGGAACGCUUCAGGUUGCUCGGGUUGGUCCUCCUUAGCCUGGCUCUGACUGGAGCUCAGACUCUCACACCGGCACACUUCCUUUCCCUGAGCGACGUUGCCCGCCUUCAAAACCUCCUUAGCCAGCCUUUCACUGACCUGGAAUCAGCAUACUAUUCUGUUAUUGGCCUCACCAAGCUUGGAGCCACUGUUCCUGAUCACAAGGAAGUGUGCCAGUUCCUGAAAUCCCAGCUCGAUCCCACUAGUAUCGACUCGCUCUUUUUUGCUGCGGAGACCAGCCAAGCCAUAUCCGGGUGUGAGAUUCCUGUGUCCAAUGAAACCCGCGACAUCCUCCUGGCCGCUGUGAGUGAAGACUCCACCAUGACUCAAAUUCACCGGGCUGUGAGCGCGCUCAGUUCCCUGGGUCUUCCUCUGACCUCUCAGGAAGUCGUAGGUGCACUCACAGCUCGCAUCAACAAGGAGGACAAUGUGGUGGCUAUUACCUCAGCUCUGCAAACAGCCGCCCGCCUUUCCCAGCAGACGGAGCUUGGAGGAAUACUUGAGGAAAUUGAGGAUCUGACGGCACGUUUAGAUGAUCUUGGUGGCAUCUACCUCCAAUUUGAAGAAGGACUGGAGGCCACUGCCAUGUUUGUGACUGCAGCUUAUUCCCUGUCGGAUCAUGUUGAUAUGGAACCCCCCCUCAAAGAGGACCAAGUCAUUCAGCUGGUGAACUCCAUUUUUAGCAAGAAAUCCUGGGACUCCCUGGCUGAGGCCUUCAGCGUGGCGAAUGCUGCCGCCACUUUCUCCAACAACCGCUUCCACGUUCCUGUUGUCAUCGGUACUCAUGGCCCGGCCACAGUGUCGCACAGCCAGCCAACUCUGCAGCUCCUUGUUACCGACGUCAUGUCUCAGCCUCUGGCUUCAGCCAACGUGCAAGUGGAGUCUGUCUAUUCUAUGGCCUCCAAGGCCAUCAUACUUGGCCAAGCACCAUUCACACUCAAUGACGGCGUCUUUGAACUGAACUUCAUGUCCCAGCAACCGGCCAGUGGAUAUUACCAGUUUAUUGUUUCUGUGACUGGAGAUAGCCGAUUAAUUGCCAAUCGCGUUGAGCUCAAAAUGAAAGUGUCCACUGAGGUGUCCAUCACCAACAUGGACCUCUCUGUGGUGGACAAGGACCAGAGCAUCGGCACAAAGACCACCAGGGUCAACUAUCCCUCCAAAGCCAAGAGCCCAUUCACAGCCGACAGCCACCAGAACUUUGCUAUGUCCUUCCAGCUGGUUGAUGUCAACACCGGGGUUGAACUCACACCCCACCAGACUUUUGUUCGACUGCACAAUCAGAAAACCGGCCAAGAGGUUGUUUUUGUUGCGGAGCCCGACAAGAGCGUGUAUAAGUUUGAGUUAGACACGGCAAAACUCAAAUCAGAGUUCGACUCGAUCUCCGGCACCUACUCCUUAUAUCUGAUUGUUGGGGACGCCACCUUGGAGAAUCCAAUCCUGUGGAACGUGGCUGAUGUUGUGCUGAAGUUUGUGGAUGAGGAAGCCCCCGCUGCUAUUCAGCCCAAGACUCUUUACGUACCCAAACCAGAGAUCCAGCACUUAUUCAGGGAACCAGAGAAGAAGCCCCCAACUGUUGUUUCCAACACCUUCACCGCACUCGUCCUGUCUCCCUUGCUGCUCCUGCUCAUCCUGUGGAUUAAGCUUGGAGCCAACAUUUCCAACUUGAGCUUCUCUCCCAGCACCAUUCUCUUCCAUGCAGGGCAUGCAGCCAUGCUGGGACUGAUGUACGUCUACUGGACCCACUUGAACAUGUUCCAGACUCUUAAGUACCUGGCGAUUAUCGGGGGUGUAACAUUCCUGGCCGGGAACCGCAUGCUGGCUCAGAAGGCGGUGAAGAGGAUUGCGGCCGAGCAAAGUAGUAGGUUGGCAAAGUAUAGGAGCCUCCGAUAAAUCGCCUGUAACAAAGGAGCUGGUUGUGCUCCCCAGGCUGAAAAUUGAGAAAAAAUAAGCCAACGAAAUGGGGGGAAAAAAAGACCAUCAAAUCAGACAUUUAAACCGAAUGACGGAGGAAGAAUUUGAGUCCACUUGGGGUGCCGCAAGGCCACUGAUCUGAUCGUGGCACUUCAUCUUCCUGUGAGAUUAUUGGACUUUUUGUCUUUGUGCUUUUUUUUCAUUUUUUAUUCUUGUGGUUUCUUGACAGAAUUGAAGUCCUGGAUUUUUUUUGUACAUUCUUCUCGAGUUCUCCUUCUCUGCUCAUUUCACCUCCACUGCAGAUUUGACCCACUUCGCCUGAUUUGACUUUGAUGUGAAAAUGCAGAAGUGGUUUCACAUUUAAUAUGAAAAGUUUGCCCCCCCCCCCCCCUUCCCCCUUAAGAUAAAUUAACACACGGGCAAUUUGAGGAUAUGUUUUUUCUAACGGAAAAUAUUAAAUAAAGGAUUGGAGGUGUGAA